AUGUGUGAAUUUUUCAUUGUUUGUAGCUUUUUACAAAAUCAUUCCAUUUUAGAGCGUGGUCCAGUGGAGGACAUCGAAAUAAAAGACAUCACAGAAACAAGUUUUCAAGUAAUGUGGAAGCGUCCAAUAGGUACAUACAUACGACUAUGGAUUCACCACCGACAACGUGGUUCCGCCAUAUCUCAAUCAAUAUCUGUACCGGUGAAUGGUGUUACAGUUUGGACAGUGACUGGAUUCGAACCAGGGAGGUCAUACACUGUCUGGAUGGAGAUAAAAUACACUAUAUCUGAAGGUGUAGAAGUAUCAACUAAUACUAGUGUUUUAACAAGUAAGAUAUAUGACAUGCUAAGGAGGUGAAAGUACACAUUAUAAUUUGACAAGUUUCAACCUUCGCUUACCCGUACCAUAUAAAUUGUGCAAUUGCCCUUUCGUGUCCUUAAUGGCUGACAAGUGUUGCAGCUGAGCUUUACAGUAAUGAUUGACCUAAACCUGACCUUGAAGUGUUAUCCAUUUGAGGAUGUUUUAUGCUCUAUUGUUACGCUGGGGAUAUUUAACUUUCUUUUUAAGUUUCAAAGUUAAAUUUUAAAAGUUGAUCCUUGAAUUAAAUUGUUAAGUGUCUAAAUCAACCCUUGAAUCAAUAUGUUUACAGAUACAUGUACGUUUCAUAAUAGUUACCCCUUGAAAUUGAAAUACUGACCAUGUCAAAGUUAACACUUGGAAUGAAAAUACUAUGUGUCAAAGUGAACCCUUGAAUUGAACUUUACAGAGCCAUGGACUUCAACAAUUCUGCAGUAACACGAUUGACCCUUAUAUCGAUUAGAAUCCUUGAAAAAACCUUGCCCUCUUGCAAUGUUUGCAGUGACAAAGAUUGAUAUUAUUUUAA